AUGGGUCCCAUCGUUCCCUAUGGGGCCCCAUUGUUCCCUAUGGGUCCCAUUGUUCCCUAUGGGCCCCAUUGUUCCCUAUGGGCCCCAUUGUUCCCUAUGGGGCCCCAUUGUUCCCUAUGGGCCCCAUUGUUCCCUAUGGGGCCCCAUUGUUCCCUAUGGGCUGUUGCUCGCAGGCUGGAUGCAUCGCGCCGUGGAGCCGCUGGGGGGCAGGGCCGGUCGGGACCCCUUCGCCGUGGGGAGCCUGGGCUGCGGUGGGGCCUGGGCCGCCUGCCCCCCACCCCGGGCCUGGCUGCCCGCCACCAGGUGCUCUUCCAGCCUCGGGCAGGCCCCGCUGCCCCCCCACCUCCUGCCCCCCCACGGAGGCAAUGGGGUCCCCCCCCACAAGUCCUUCUACCCCCCAGGGGCCGCCCCCCCGCCCCGGGCGCCGCUGGAGCCGCCCCCCCCGGGGUGCGUGCGGCUGCUGCCCUGGGAGCCGCCUGCAGAGGGCGCCGCGGAGCUGGAGAGCGCCUGCCCCGGGCGGGCCCGAGGGGCGCGGGGGGAGCUGGCGGUGCGGCUGCGGGGGCUGCAGCAG